CGUAUUCGUAACAUGUGGCAGUUUGCCAACUUGUGCCAAUGGAUAUAUAUCUUUGGUGAAGCUGCCUCAAUUGACGAUUCGAUUGACAUUGAUUGUGUCGAGGCGGAGUGUCUCAACCCGAAUUCGACAAUUCUAAACGAUGUUGCUUUAGCGCUUUUGAAAAUGGUCUCUUCGCAGCGUGGUCUCACCCAUGAAUCAUUCGACGACCAAGCUCGACGACAGUACAUCCUGAAAUCACCAGACUCCAAUCCAUUCGGCGACGAAGACGAACCAAGGAGCUUUGCCGAUCUCGAUAUAUUCACCAAGCGGAUCGAACCCUACGGCUGGGAUAGCGAAGACCGCACCUACUACGUUCUUGACGACAAUCGAGUAUAUCGCCUGUCAGAAGCCCCUCCGAGCCAUAAAGCAGCUAGUUCCAAGCCCACCCGCCAGCCUCGGCGUUCCGGCAAGCGGCGACGUAUAUCUGAAGCGGUCGAUGACCAUACCACCCCCCUCAGCAAUGCACCCGAGCUUGACUUGGAAGAUAGCCACCUGGGGGGUAUGGUUUGGGAGUGUGUCGCAGUGACUCUUGAAGAAGUCCAGGCCCUCGUUAACAGCUUGGCUUCAUCAAGAGACGAAAACGAAAAAAUACUCCGAAGACAGCUGCGAGACCAUCUAGUGCCCAUUCUAGAGAAGCAAGAAGAGGAUCGAAAUCGCCGGAAGAUGAAACGCGAGAAAGAGCUACAAACUCUUGCCAAGAUGGCCAAUGCUAAACGGUCAAGUCGGAUUGCGAUGAAGGCAGAGCAGCGGCAGCAAGAAGAAAAGGCAAAAAUUGAGCAGGAACUGCUCAGAGAAGCAGCCGCAACCCAGCAGCGUGAAGAGCAGAAACGGGAGAAAAUCCAAAGGGAGCUCGAAAUGAGGCUUGUUUCCAGAGAGCAACGAUUAAAGAAGAGAGAGGAGCGCCGCCUCGUUCGCGGCGAGAGCGGUACGCCUGCAUCUGCAGAUGAAGGUAGCGAAGCUGCAGGAGCAGACGAAACGCCUUUACAACCACAAUCUCAGAUUGAAAUUGGUGGAAACGCGCAUGUUAUCAAGGAUAAGCAAGACGAAGAAGAGGGAUGGGUAUUUGAUUGCUCAUGCGGCUUGUAUGGGCAGGUUGAUGAUGGCAAUCACAGUAUCGCCUGCGAACGCUGUAAUGUAUGGCAGCACAGCAAGUGCCUUGGAAUCAGCGAGGCUGCUGCAGACCACCCAGACUUUCACUUCAUCUGUGCUUCUUGUCGUCAAAGGGACGCUCUCGAAGUGGCGCCGAAAAGCUCCUCGCCCCCCAAGCUC